AUGCACGCCCUCCUUCUCACCAUCCUCGGCUUCUUUCAAUGGCUCUCCGCUAUCCUCCGCUUCCCUCCCCGUACUUCUUCGGAGACUACUGCUCCUCGAACACGAACGACUGCCAUGACUGCCACCCCAGCUCCUGCGCUCAGUGAGACGACGGUAAUCGCCGCCCACACCGUCCAGAAGACUACCUCCUCCAGAGCCAUCUUUUCGCCCGGAUCUUCCUAUCCUUCUCUGCCUUUUAGCUCCCCCGGCAAAGGCGGCGAGUAUGAGCACGAGUAUGCUUCUCAUGGUACCCAGGCCAGGCACGGUGGGAAGAGGAUGCUGCCUCGCGGGUGUGUGUGUAUCGAUAUGUGCGAUGGUGAAGGGGCAGCCGAGAGAGAAGCUCCCGUCCAAGAACUUGCCUUAUAUGCUCAAGAAACGGAUGUCGCUUCUGCACCUACCCAAUCUAUCAACCUCGCUCUUCCUUCCACCACCCCUCCUAUCGACAACAGCAUACAUACUCCAACCACCAUGCCUGACCUCGCUACCGUCGGCAAGAGUCACACCAGUUCAAACGCCAUCGAGGGCGUCACGCCAAUCACGCCCCCUUCCUCUGUCCAAAUCUCUUUUGUCCACAGCUCUAUCAUACUCGACCGCACUAGCGAUCACGAGCCCAUCGCCACUUUUUCAAUCAACGACAGCCUGGACCAGUCCAGCCCUGCCGACGACUGCGACGAGCCUGUCAUCCCCGUUGAGGGGGACUGCGAUAUCUCUUCCAGUUAUCAUGACAUCGAUUUCGAUGUAUCUGCGCCCAUAGAAAGGGCAACAAUCUCGACUGCUACACUCGACAUUCCUUCCGUGGCAGCGAAAGCCUGUGUCAACAGUCAUGAGGAUGUGAAGCACCAAAUUGGUACUGUCGCCAUCGAAACUACAGCUGCUUGCGAGGAAGUGGGUGUAGGAGAAAGAAAUUCACUUUGUGGGAAGGAGUCCAACAUUGUCGAGGAGUACAUGGAGAUACAGAACGAGGAGACUGUGAGCAAGGACGUGGUGAUCGAAGAGCUCACUGAGCGCGUUAUGCUUUCUGAAGCUAUGUGCGAGAACCUUCAGACAGAGUACCGCGCCGAGAUUGAAGAUCUCCGUUCCCAAGUCCGCUCCCUUCAAAGCCAACUCUACAACACUGAAACAGACCUCCGCUCCGCCGAACUCGCCCAGCUCGAGACCGAGAACCUGGCAGAAGACCUAUCCCGAGAGGUCGACAUCCACAAAGACAUGUUUCGCGGACAAGCACGCUUGAACGCAGAUAUCAUGCAGCACGCUAUGAAGACUCAGGAAGAGGUUUUGGGGAUGUUACAAGAAGAGAUGGAAGAAGGGUGGAGAUUGAUGAGAUUGAGGACAUGGAGUUUUGAUGAUGUGAAGAUCUUCCGGGGAGAGUUCUUUGAGCUGGGGAGAGAGCUUGACGAGGUUGAUGGAGAUGCUGUGUUUGAGGAAGGAGUGGACCUGCCAGUCAUCCCAGCUGAGCUUAUUUCACCUCUUUCAACGCCAGCAUCAAAGCGCAAGAUGUCGAUCGAUACUUCCCUCACCAGCUCGACCUCCACCCCAGAUCUCUCCGCUUCCACCUCUACACCUUCAGAAUAUAUCGAGACACCUCUCCUGACACCCGCCACACCACACAAAACCUUCUUUGCUCUAGAAACACAAGACGAGAUGCCGCCAGAGAUGCCCUCCACCAUCGUCCAACAGAGAUCUCAGUCAACGUCGUCUCUUCGCGAACCCCCAAUCCCUGCAAAAUUACAAGACCUACAUAUACACGCACAUAGGCCUGUCAGAGCUUCAGAGUCGGGGACAAAGUCGAAUAGAAAGGGCGGUAUCGCAGGCGUCGAUUAG